AUUAAGCGGCACCGGAGAGAAGCCAACGUUCGUAGUUUAUGGUGCGAAUAAGACGUUGAAAAAUAACUUCGUGUAGAGAACCUGUUUCAUCAGUACAAAGAAAGUCGCACGUGUUUGAAUAUGCAAGGGAUAAACAUUACAACAUUGGUACUAUCACCCGAAAAGUGUGGAUGGUUUUAGAGAAGAAGUGGAAGAUGCUGCCGGCUCGCUAGCAUGCUGUAGUUGAGUUAAUGCUAAAGCUAGCUUCGUCUGGGAAAACGUGAGCAACAUUACAUUUUCGAGCAUUUUUUUUAAAGACGGGUUUUUAGUCACAUCUUUUUAAAAAAAUGAAGUGCCACUACGAAAUGCUGGGCGUGAAACGAGACGCAGGAGACGACGAAUUAAAGAAAUCUUAUCGUAAAUUGGCAUUGAAAUGGCAUCCAGAUAAAAACUUGGACAAUGCAGAGGAGGCGGCUGAGCAUUUCAAGCUGAUUCAGGCAGCAUAUGAUGUCCUAAGUGAUCCACAGGAGAGGGCUUGGUAUGACAAUCACAGGGAAGCUCUGCUUAAAGGAGGACUGAGUGGGGACUAUGAAGAUGACAGCAUUGACCUCCUACAGUACUUUACUGUCACUUGUUACUCUGGCUAUGGCAAUGAUGAGAAGGGUUUUUACACUGUCUACAGAAGUCUGUUUGAGUCCAUUGUUAAGGAGGAAAUGGAGAGCGGCAAAGUGGAAGAUGAGGAAGACGAGGAGUUUCCUUCUUUUGGAGAGUCUGAGAGUGACUAUGACACUGUUGUGCACGUGUUUUAUGGCUACUGGCAGAGCUUCUGCACUCGUAAAAACUUUGCCUGGAAGGAGGAGUACGAUACGAGACAGGCCUCCAACCGCUGGGAGAAAAGAGCCAUGGAAAAAGAGAACAAGAAAACCAGAGAGAAGGCUCGCAAGGAGCGCAAUGAACUGGUGCGGCAACUUGUCGCGUUUGUCCGCAAGCGCGACCGACGUGUGCAGAACCAUAGGAAGCUGGUGGAGGAGCAGAACGCUGAGAAGGUCAAGAAGAUGGAGGAGCUGAGGCGGAAGCAGAAGCUGAGCCAGGCCAAACUGGCAGAGGACUACAAGGAGCAGAGUUGGGCCGCCAUGUCUGAACUGGAGAAGGAGCUGCAGCAGAUGGAGGCUCAGUACGGAGAAGAAUUUGGAGAUGCAUCAGAAAGUGAAGAAGAAGAACAGGACAUAGAGACACAAGAGAAGAACAGUGAAGAGGGAGGAGAUGCAGACCAGCCUGAUGGAGACGACUUGACAAUCGAUUAUUAUGAUGACCUGUACUGUCCAGCCUGUGAUAAAUCUUUCAAAUCAGAUAAAGCAAUGAAAAAUCAUGAAAAGUCUAAAAAGCAUCGGGAGAUGGUGGCAUUACUACGGCAACAGCUGGAGGAGGAGGAGGAUUCGCUUGGUUUGAACUGUGACAAGGAGGAAGGAAAAGAGGAAAAUGGGCAAGAAGAAGGGGAGGAGGAAGAGGAGGAAGAAGAAGAAGAGGAGGAAAAGCCAAGACAAAAGCUGUCAAAAAAACAGAAGAGGAAGAAGAAACAGAAGGAAGUAGUACAUCAGAGCGCUCCAAAGGAAGAGGAGAAGGAGGAGAAACCAACACUCAGCAACUGUGAGGAAAAUGUUCCCGACACGCCUGCGCCUGACGCCACAGAAGCAGAGAAGCAGGACGAUCUCCCUCCCACGGAAGUCAAGAGCAGCUCUGGGAAGACGAAGGGAAAGAAGGGAGGAGGAAAAGACAAACCAAAGAACGUCAAGUCAAACACAGGAGAAGAGCCGCAGAAUGAAGUAAACCUGCGCUGUGUGACCUGUAACUACGAGUUCCCCACAAGGAAUAAGCUGUUUGACCACCUGAAGGCCAGUGGCCAUGCCAGCGCUGUCUCUGCAAGCAGCUCUGCGAGCCGGAGCAAAAAGGACAAGAAGAAAAACAGAUAACACAACUUUGAUUUUGUGCUGAUGAACCUGAAAGAGAGUUUGCUCACAUAGAAACACUGGAAAAACAAAAUGCUGAAAAAUGAGGAUGAACUAAAGAAACUGAAUGUCGACUAUAUUGGAUCGAGUCUUCCAGCGUUGAAGAGCUGACCCCUUUUUUUUUUUUUCUUUCAUAGUCACCUCAUCAAUACAAUGUCAGCUGUUUCUCCAAUUUAGAGAUCAUCUAUCUGUGUCUACCAUGAACAGCUCUGUAGUGGUAUGACUGCAUUAUAUUUAUAUGUGUAUACACACAUAUAUAUAUAUAUAUAUAUAUA